AUGGGUUUAUUUAUUCUUUUGCGUGACCGUGCUGCCGCGUUGAAGGGCCCGGAAGGACUGUCCGCCGGCUGCGUUGAUAUGUGGAAUCAGGCACGGAACUGCUCACAACAGCGAACAGUGGACUCGGCGGCGCACUGGCCAAUCAACGGCCCACGCUCCCCAGCGGGCAAUUUGCCUCCCCGAAUCAAAUACAUCACGCCACGGUCGGGGGCGACUCGUCCUGCUUCUCACAUCGCAACGUCACCACAGCUUGCACCCUUUCUCACUCAACACUCGCAUCGAAAUGCUACCAGCCAGGCUUGUAUCGCUAUGAGCCAGGAGUAUGCAAAUGCCAAGGGCAAAGCCCCUGCGCCGCAGGAUGCUGAGCCCAUUGCCAGUAACACCGCGGCUCGCCACACCAACGACACCAAGUUCAUGACGGUCGGCAACGGCGUCGCUUCGGAACACGCCGCCCAUCUGCAGCACUUGAUUGACAUUGAUUCCGGAUAUGGCGGAAGCACUGCCGGGGAUGACCAGACCGCCAUGACGGGCUCAAACUGGGAUGCGCCCCUGCAGCACGAGCGACAGUCCGGAGUCGUCCAUCAGAUCUGGUACAACCGCCAGCGCACCGCCCUCGGCCGCUCCAUCAACAAGGUUCUCGAGCUAUUGAAUAGUCUUCAGGAGACAAAUACUUCGUGGCCUGCCCACUACCCCUCCGUACAGCGUUCGGACCUCGAGGCCAAUGCCACGCGACCGGGCCUACAGCGCAUCAGCACCAUGGCCCCCGAUGCCGCCGCCUCGACUUCUUCGGCGCGAGCACAGCCUCCAACCCUCCGACGGGCCAUGACAUCUCUCCAACAUGGCGCCCCCGAGUCUAGCGCCGCUGCCGAGCGAAGAACAACCCCCGAACCCAGACUCGUCUCACCACAAAUCGCACAAGAAUUCUCCAUCCUCAAACUCGACCUGAAGCUAGGCUCUCUACACCACACCGAGCUCGUCCACUCGCUAGAAAAGCAUUCGAUUGCUGCUCUUCUUGACGGCAAGAUUGCCUCGAGCAUCAAGCACCUUAUUUCCCUCCGAGAACGCAUCGAAGACACGACAAGUAAAGUGCUCAUUACCGGAGACUUGAACGCAGGCAAAUCAACCUUUUGCAAUGCGCUUCUUCGCCGGAAGCUGUUGCCCGAAGACCAGCAACCAUGCACCGCCAUAUUUUGCGAAGUACUCGAUGCAAGAGAAAAUGCUGGCCUGGAGGAAGUCCAUGCUAUUCAUAGAGACGCCAUCUAUAACCGAAGCGACGAGAGCACCUACGACGUAUUCGCUCUGAUGGACCUCGAAAGGAUUGUCGGUGACAACGACACAUAUACACAAUGCAAGAUUUUCGUCAAGGAUGGCAGAACGAUUGACGAAUCACUGCUCAACAACGGUGUUGUCGACAUAGCACUCAUUGAUGCCCCUGGUCUCAACUUUGACAACACAAAAACCACUGCCAUUUUCAGCAGGCAAGAAGAGAUUGACGUAGUAGUAUUUGUCGUCUCGGCUGCCAAUCACUUCACACAGUCUGCACAAGAGUUUAUCACAACAGCGGCCGCUGAGAAGGCCUAUAUUUUCAUGGUCGUAAACGGCUACGACAACAUACGAGACAAGGAGCGCUGCCAAAAGACCAUACUGGAACAAGUCGGCAGGUUCAGCCCGCGCACUCGAAAAGAGGCCGACGAGCUAGUUCACUUUGUGUCCAGCAAUGCCAUCCCGCUUGGCCCGUCGCCUCCAGGAGGGCCAGGCGGCGGCGGCAGCUCCAGCGGCGGCGGUGGUGGAGAAGACCCAGACGACGGUGGCAAGGGCAAGGGCAAGGAUCUGGACAAGAUCCGGGACUUUGAGGCCUUGGAACAGUCCCUUCGCAGAUUUGUCCUGGAAAAGCGCGCGAGGUCCAAGCUUGCUCCCGCCAAGACGUAUCUUGUCAAUAUCCUCAACGACGUCAACACUCUUGCCAUUGUCAACCAGGAGGUCGCCCGCUCUGAGAUUGACCGCGUCGCUCGUGAGCUCAGAGAACUGGAACCCCAGUUAGAAUCGACCAGAAAGGCCAGAACCGAAGUAGAUGAUCAGGUCAACACCAGCAUUGAAAUCACAUGCAAGGAAGUCUAUGAUGAUACCCGCUCUCAACUCACAACUGCCAUUACUGAGUCUGGCAAGACCAAGUACGACAUACCAUAUCCCGGCUUGUUUGGUGCCUUUGCAUACGCCGAAGACCUGAAGGAGGCCAUGCUGUCGCAAAUAUCCGAGGCAGUGCAUAUCUGCGAAGACGCAGCCAGACAGCGGACAAUGCGUGGCGUCAACACCAUCAAGCAGCUUGGCUUACUACAUAUCGGCGAUGAGUUCCAAAACCUGCACUUCAAGCCCGAGGUCAUGUUCCGUCGCAAGCGCGAUGCUCUUGCGCGCAACGUUCACAUCCCCACGCAGUUUUGGGACUUUUUCGACUUGUCCACCAUUCUGCACAAGCAAGAAAAGCUGGCCAGCACGAGCAUGGCCCUCACCGUUGCCGGCGCCAUCGUGCCGCGCAUGAUUGGCAUGGGCAGCUGGAUGGACCAGGCCCUCACGGCGACCAAGGUGCUGAGCAACGACAACCUGCGCCAGCUGAUUCUGCCCGGCAUCGUCAUUGCCGCCGUGGCCGCGUCGGCGUAUGUCCUUCAACAGAUCCCCAACUCCCUCCCGCCGCGGCUCGCGACCAAGAUUACGCAGCAGCUGGCUGACAUGGACUACGUGCACGGCAACUCGGCCCGCAUCGCCUCAUCGGUCCGCAAGGUCCUCCGCUACCCGGCGGAUAAUCUGCGCGUGCGCCUCGAGCAGAGCGUCAAGGAGCUCGAUCACCGCCGCGACGAGACGGUCCAGACGCGCGCCGAGAGCGAGCGCGCGGCCAACUAUUUUGGCGACCUCGCUCUCAAGAGCGAGAUGGAGCGCAGCAAGGUCAACGACGUCGACCUCGAUGCGCCGCCGCCAGGCCAGCACUGA